GUGAGUGUUUUAUUCUUCAAUAGGCCUAAUUACCGCGUCGGUUUGUUAAUGCUGGAGGCGUCGUGCCGCUUCGGAGACAGCUCACUUGGCUAAAGUCAAUCGUUUUGAGGAAACGUGCCUUCACUUGUUGUCACUAUAAAAACAGACCUUCAUCGCUGUUCUCUCUCAACUGUUCAUACAAGAAGCAGCUAGGCUACCUGACUGUCUCAGUAUGUUCUAGAACAGUCUUCAGGGAUGUUCAAGAUGAGACGGUGGACUUUACUUGUCGUGAUUGCUCUUUGUGUGUCUCCGUUUCUUUUGGCUGGUAAGUAAAGGAAUAGUAAAGUUAAUUUUUUCUCAUCCUUGUGCGGGCUUGGAUUGAGUUGGUACUCGCAAACUUUAGCGCGAGUCUGUCCAAGUACGGAUGCAGGCAUUGAGGAUGAUUUGAUUAUCGCGUAGAGUAUGUUGCUUUGACAUGUUUGUUGGCUAUCGUGCAUCUCUCCCAUCUAAAACAACGCUUUAAUGUCUGUCCAAUAGAUCAUUUUAAAAUGUCAAUUUAAUAUUGGAUAUUGUUUUGGCUAAUCAGACUGGUAUCGUAAUCUGUGAAGAUUAAUUUAAAUUGGAACAGUGAAUUUUGUGUUAGAUACAAAUACAUUUAUCCCCCGAAAAUAUAUUCUCUCUCUCUCUCUAUCCCCCCCAGGUCCUUCCAGCUCUUCAGGUCCAGUCUCAGAGACCCAGAGCCGCUGUGCUGGCCGGGCCUGUAACCCUCCCAUGGGGAACCUCGCCUUGGGCCGAGGACUACUCACCCAGUCAGUGUGUGGAGUCAACUCAACUGAGCCCUACUGCUCCUACCAGCAGAUGUUUAGCUCUACCUCUUCCUUCCACAGAGACACUUCCUGUCCAGCAGCACCCAAAUGCAGCAAGUGCAACGCAGCUCUCCCCCACCAGGCUCACCUGGCCUCUGCCAUGACCGAUUCCUCAUUCCGAUACCCAGAUACCUGGUGGCAGUCUGCCGAGGGGGCGGAGACAGAAACCCUCCAACUAAACCUGGAGACAGAGUUCUACUUGACACAUCUGAUCCUGGUGUUCCGCUCCCCUCGGCCCGCCGCCAUGUUGCUGGAGCGUUCUCAGGACCACGGGAGGACCUGGAAGACCCUCAGGUACUUUGCGAGGGACUGUGAGGACACCUUCGGCCUGGCAGAGGAGGCUCGUGUGAAGGAGAAAGGAGAGAGCGGGGCGGCCUGCACCUCCAAAUACUCAGGAGCGUUCCCAUGUACCCGAGGAGAGGUGAUCUAUCGCGCCCUGUCCCCCUGGUACUCACUGGACCCCUAUGGCCCAGCAGCCCAGACUCAGUUGAUGGUCACCAACCUGCGGGUGCGUCUGCUGCAGCGCCAGCCUUGCCCCUGCCAGGCUAAAGACCCAGAUAUCCAGGCACUGCCCACGAACCAUUAUGCCAUCUAUGACUUCAUCGUCAAGGGCAGCUGCCUCUGCAACGGGCACGCUGAGCACUGUGUGCCAGCCAAUGGGUACCGCCCCCCCAGGCAGAGGAUCAAUCACGUGGUCCAUGGGAAAUGUGUGUGUAAACACAACACUGCCGGCGACCACUGUGAGCACUGUGUUCCCCUCUACAAUGACCAACCCUGGCAAGCUGCCAACGGCAUCAUAGGAGCACCUCGUGAAUGCAAGAAGUGCAAGUGUCACGGCCAUGCAGAUAGCUGUCACUUUGACCGUGGUGUGUGGUUGGCAUCGGGACGGCGUAGUGGGACUGUGUGUGACGUCUGCCACCACAACACACAGGGCAGACACUGCCAGAGCUGCCGUAGAGGGUUCUACAGACACCCCAGCAGACCUAGCUCUGCCGCUGACUCCUGCACACCAUGUGCCUGCCACCCUGUAGGGUCUAGACCCGCGAUCUCAGGUGGCCAGGACCUCUGUAACCCUAGCAACGGGGCAUGCACCUGCAGAUCGGGCGUGGGCGGACCUCUCUGUGACAGAUGCAUUGUAGGGUUCUGGGGCUUCCAUGGUUACGGGUGCAGACCGUGUGACUGUACAGGUGGGGACUGUGAUCCCUACACCGGGGACUGCUUGUCUGGCUCAGAUCUGGACGUGUACUAUACAGGAGGUGACAGCCACAUACACAGAGGACCUAGCAGUAGUGAGCUAGCAACACUGUUUAGGGUGGAGGAGCUGUUCUCUGCACUGCACCACUCUGAGAAAUGUCAGUGUAAGGUGGUGCCUAUAGGCAGCCCCAAACUCUUCUGUGCCAACGAGUAUGACUACGUGCUGAUGGUGAGGAUCAUUGCGGCCCGUGAUCAGGGCUCCCAUGCUGAGGUGGAGGUUAAGGUAAAGAAGGUCCUGUACCACGGCAGCCAGGUGAACAUCAAGAAAGGUCACAUCACCCUCUACCCAGAAUCCUGGACCACCCGAGGGUGCACCUGCCCCCUCCUUAACCCAGGAUCAGAGUAUCUGGUGGGGGGCCACGAGGACCGGAGGACGGGUCGUCUGCUGGUGAACACCAAGAGCCUGGUCAAACCCUGGAGGCCCAGCCUGGGACGCAAGCUCCUGCACCUCCUCAACAAACACUGUAGCUCUUCCUCCUCCUCUUACUCUUCAAGGAAGACUGUAACAGAGAGACUGCAGAAUGAAAACGUCUUUAGUCUGCAGAAGAAAAACUAGAGCCAUGGAACAAGAUGAAGAGAGGGAUGGAGAGUUAAAAGUUAUCCAUGUUUUGGUGGAUUGCAUGAGAAGGACGAUGAGCCGAAUAUAAAGACGUGUGAGAGUGUAUUUUUGGACGAAUGUGGGCUGGACAUGGGGAUACAGCCACAGCUUUGGCAAUAUGGGGAAAGGAGAACUAUUUUGCCAUUCAGGGCCUCAUUUGCCUGUUUCAUCCACAGACCCACGGAACACAUUUCUGAAACGAAGACCUCCACGGCAGGACCAUGAGCUGAAUGGCACUAUGUGGCUCAGUUGGAAAGGGCAUGGCGCUGGCAACACUGAGGUUGUGGGUUCAAUUCCUGCAGGGAUCAUAAACAAAAACAUAUGCAAAAAAAUGUAUGCACUCACUGUAUUGCAAGUCACUUUGGUUAAACGUGUGAGUCUGCUUAGUGGUAUAUAUUGGAUUAUAUAAUAUGAUGACAGGCAGCUGCACAGAGACAGAGUACAGACUCUCGUCUCCUUUUUUACAGGAAGAGGAAAAUACGUUUCCAAAGGGAAGACCAGAUAUCCUGAGUGAAGGUUUACUGUCUGAGGAAGAUUGAUUGAUUGAUCUGACUUCUCAUUCUGAUCUUGGAUGUUCCAGUCCCAAAGACAUAAGAGCCACUGGGCUGGUGUUUAAAUCCACUUUAGAUUUGUCUCAGACUAUAGUUGAAACCAAAACAAAUAUAGAACUAAAAGGAUAUUAUUAAUGAAUGUUUUAUCAUACUGUCUAUGAAAUGGCAGAGAUCUCUAUCUUCUAGGAUUAGCCUUCUGAUCUAUCCAAGGUUUUAUGUUUGGUGUCCUGAUGUUUGUAUCCUCAGUUCCUGGAGUUAUUGGCAGUAAAGCUGCAGAAGCAUCAUCGCGUGUGUGUGUGUGUGUGUGUGUCCACAAACUCGCUGUCCCUGGCUCGAAGGGACUGAGCAGGCCUUAACAAGUAGUAUCUCCUGGUCUCCUGGAGCGGAAGAAGAGUAGAGAGAGAACAGAAAGUCUGUCUGGACCCCUCUGGGACUAAAGCACUGAAGACGCUCUCAGUUAGAAUUGAACUGACGUCACGUCUUCCCUCACUCUCAGUCUGAUUUCAAUGACUCUCUGUCAGGUUUAUGUCAAAACAUGACAUGCUGAUGUUGUCUACUUACUCACAUGGUUUGGUGUCCUCACUUCUAUUGCACUCAGGGAUGUAGUGGUAAAAACCUCUGAACACCUUAAACAGAUGGGUAACCCCAUAUAAGGGGCAAAUAGGACUCUUAUUUUAUUUGAUUGGGCAUAAGUGUGAUCUAAUCACAUUGGUUCACCAGGAAUGAAUCCUACAGAUCAUGUGGCAAAGUCAGGAGAUGUCCGUGUACUCAGAUCUAGAAUGGUGAACUGAGUUUACGUUUAUUUAUUUAAAUGGGCAAGUCAGUUAAAAACCGAUUCUUAUUUACAAAGACAGCCUACCCCAGACAACACUGUGCUCCACCCUAUGGU